AUGUUACUUCCCCCUUCGUCUUCAAAAUCAGGGUUUGAACUUCCUGUAAGUCCUCAGAAUGGAGAGCUGAGCCCUUCCUACCCAUGCAGGAGAGGCUCCACAAUUUUACCUUUUCACAGGACUACAGAAGCUUCAGCUUCAAAUAAGAUAACCCACGGGCCUAUCACUGCACCGUUACACCUUCGCCCUCCUUACCCACAAACAACAUCAGUGUCCCUGAGGAGAGCACUGAACCGAGUUAAGAGCGCUCUGCGGCCACCAUUGAGCCCCACGCUCACGUCGCAGGCUCAGCACCUCGGGUCGGGCCUGACUAAAAGGUUAAACGCGGGGCUUUCUUUACAGGGUUUUGCCGCCCCGGGACGAGCUCCCUGCAGCCCCCCAGCAUGGCACCCAGAGCUGCCCCCAGCACUCGAGGGACACAGACACAGGCGCCAGGGAGACGACGAGAGGGCAGGGAGACAAUCUAUCGACCCCAGCAUCCUCGGAGCAGUACACUCUGCCUGUUUUGGCAGCGUAUCUAGCGUGGCCGCUCGGGGAUGCAGGACACGGGGGUGCGGGGCAGGAGCCAGCCUGCCCCCCGUCCUGCGACUGGGGGAGCCAAGGGCGACCCACCCUGGGGGCGCUGGGGGCUGCCUUACUGAAGGGGACGUGCUUUCACCAGAGGGACCUGUCCGUCUCCAGGCUGCCUCCUUCAAAGUACCGAGCAGCCGCCUGGAUGGCAAAGGGUUCCCACAGCAGCAUCCAUCACCCUUCAAACUCCUUUUAUUCUCGGGUGAGAAACUCGCAGAGGAGAGGCGGGGGGCGCGGGCAGCAGCCGCCAAGUGGCUGCAGGGGCCGCUUGGCACAGGGGAGCGCAGACAAAAGCCGGCGGAACUACGUGGCUUAAAUUCAAAAGGGGCUCUCCGGGCUCGGCCAGGGCAGCCCCGGCCCGGGGAGGGGCCGAAAAGCUCUUUGUACAAAAGUCGUCUUUCAGAACUGCCUGGCAGCUUGUAUCGCCUCCUUUAUGGUCUGGCGAGGUGUCUCGACUACAGCAGUGGAGCCCUGACUGGGGACCUCUGUGAAGACCUGUGUGUGGCACAGAAGCUGGUGUACAAACACUGCCUUUACUAUGACAGAGGUAAGAAGGUCAUUCAGGCUGAUUGGAGAGGCCAGCCCAUCAUACUGAAAUCCAAAAAAGAAAUCUUUUCCAGCUACCAGCACCUCAGUAUGCUAGAGGAGGUGGAAACACAGGAUAUCCCUGAAACAGAGCUUCUGCUUAUGGUAGCUUUGGAGGUCAAAAACGCCCUGGGGCUAGAACUGUCUAACAAUACCAUGGGGCCCCUGUGGACAAGCAAGAAGGGACCACGUUGGAAAGCACAGGUGGCCAGCAUGUGGUCCUUGCUCCAGCAGGAGGAAUAUAUCUACUUUAGUUUGCUGCAGGACUUCAGCAAACAUGUGCUACGAAUUAUUGGCUCUUGUGGACACUUUUAUGCUGUGGAGUAUCUCACAGCUGGACACGCCUGGCACAAAACUCUUUUUCCCUUGGAAAACGUGAUCGGCCCCUCCCUUACUGGACACAGAAGCAGGGUGAGAGCCAUCAUUGACAUUGCACUCAGCUUUCUGGACAUGGUGCAGCACUUUGAUAAUGAUUUCUCUCACCGACUUCACCUGUGCGACAUCAAACCAGAGAACUUCGCUAUCAGGCAUGAUCUCACGGUGGUGGCCAUUGAUGUGGAUAUGGCCUUUUUUGAACCCAAAAUGAGGGACAUCCUGGAACAGAAGUGCACAGGAGAUGAAGAUUGUAAUUUCUUUGAUUGCUUUUCAAAAUGCAACCUCAAAAUCAGAAAAUGUGGAGCACAGAGAGCCAAUAACAACUUGCAAGUAAUCUGUGACAAAAUAUUCCGUCGCUGGUUUUCCCCAAGCCUCAGAGGACCACUGGUCUCCCUGCCCCUGCAGCUGCAGCUGCAGAAAGCCGUGCAGGAGUGUGCUCAGCCGGGGCACACGGGUGCCACGGGGCACCAGAGGACUCUGAAAUCUCUCUCCGAGCUGUACCACCUGCUUCGGGUCACUCAGCGAGAGCUGCAAGGGGCAGAGUAGGCACAAAAGGCAGAACUGCAAAGGCCACGUCCCAGUCUCUCUGCCAUCCCUCCUAACCCUGUACUUUUACAGCACAGAGAUUGCUUUUCUGCUAUGCAAAUGAAGUUCAUGGCUGCAGGUGCAGCAUGCCCUGAUAAUAUCCUGUCAAGUGUUAAAUUGCUUUACAUUACUCGGGUUCUGCUCUUGCUUAUUUUCCUGAGCCAGCACUACCCCUCUCCAUCAGCAUUCAGCACAAACUUCUGAGCUGUAGUCACUGCUCAGAUAGCAUCAGUCUGAGUGUGAUGCUCAGAGGAUGCAUUUACAGAGGAAAAGUGUAAGUGCAGCAAAACUCUAUCAAUAAUUAAAAGAAUGGGUGGGUGAGUGGGUGUGAAAAAGUACAUGUAUGGUGUUUGUUUUAGUUUCUCUGUCAAAUGAGGGUUUUUUUACAGUAGAGACCGAGCAUUCUGUAUGGAAAAAAAAAAAAAAAGAGGGGGAUCUCAAACAGGAAAAUGUGCUGUGACAUAAGGAAAGGGUUGCUUUUGUACAAAGCAGUCCUUGCUGAUGUCCCCAAAUGCAUUUGCUCCAGGGCAUUGCAUUACCUGUGCCAUUGCUAACUCUUUUGCAGAAAAAUUAUAUAAAGGUGCUUUGGACUUUUCUAGAGCAAAAUAAUUAUACCCUUGCUGAGCUCCCAUGUGGGUACUCAUAUUCUGCAGUGAAGAGGUAUGAAUAAUGCUACUGGAUUUUCCCAUGUGAACAAGCCCUCAGGCACUUGUACAUCAGAGCACUUGAUAAGAAGCACUCCUUUGCCAGAGAGCAGAAUUGCCCAGGAAUGUCAACAAUCUGUCCUUUGCACAGAACAA